AUGUCGAAUGCGCCUCCGCCUGCGCUCUUACCACCGCCCGAGGGCAUCUUCCGGACCUUCGAAGACCUUUUAACAUCGGUUCAGCGCGUCGCAAAAGACCAAGGAUAUGGAGUUGUCAAGCUGCGCGCCUCGAAUUACCGUGAUGGCAAGCCUACCCGUUACGACUUGGUUUGCGACCGCGGCGGCGUCAAGUACAGCAGCACCGCUAAGAAGCGUAACCCAUCGACGCGCAAGGUCGACUGCCCGUGGCGCGCAAAGGCCGUCUGCGAGGUCCAGCUCGGAAACCAGUGGCGUUUUGCUGUUCAGGAGGGCAGUCACAAUCACGAGCCUCGCAUCGCGACCGCCCCUCCCGGACAGGAAAACACCCCUCUCGCCCAAUCGAUCCGUUCUUUCACCAACAAGAUUGAUCGCCUCAAUCACGACAUGAACCAAGGCUUCGGUCGUAUCGAACAAGCUCUUGACACGAUGAACAAGCGCCUAGAGAACCUCGAGAAUCGCGCGGGUGGUUACGAGCCUCGUUUCCAGAAUAUGGAGUCGCGGUUGCAAGGCAUGGAGGCGCGUGGAAGCAUGGAGCUGCCCAUGGACGAUGUCGAUGCUCGACUCCUAUCAUCUUCGGUUAUGUAG